AUGACUUGGCGACUACAGCUAUUCUUUAUUUUGAAUUUAUGUUCAAUAACUUUGGCUUGGGAUCUCUGUCCAUUUAACGAUGGAUCAUUUAAUAAAACCAUAGACAAUAAUACGAUUAUUCAAGCUGAAUGCAUGUAUUUGACAAGUCCACUUGAAUGGAAUGAAUUCAAUCCAAAUACUUUCGAUGGUUUCUACUACAAUUCAACAAAGUCCAUUCCCGUGACUGAUCUACAUAUGAAACGUUUAUUUUUGUCUAAUUUCCCACCAAGAAAUACUUCCACUAUCAAACACAUCAUCAAUUAUUGGCUUUCAAAUGGUGGUGGUGGUUCUCAAUAUGGAAUGGAAACAUUUGGUAUAUCAAUGCUGAAACAAAUUGUUAAAAAUAAUUAUCAUCAAACAUAUCCUCAGACACAUCCAAUAAUGUAUCUUUUUCAAUAUCGAGGAGCAGGAUUGAGUAAACCAUCGAUUCAUUGUUAUACUGCGACAACGUGGAUUGAUUGUGCCAAAGAAUUAAUUCAAACAACUGUACCCACUUCUGUCAAUGAAUCGUUAAGAAUAAUCAAUGCUAUGACAAAUCAAAAUAUUGCACAAGAUUUACAAUAUCAAAUUCAAUAUUCUAUUAAUGAAUCACAAUCAAUAUCUCCAACAUCUACGUAUAUCUAUGGAUUAAGUCAAGGUAUUAAUUGA